GCCGGGCCGCCCCUUGUCCAGUCCUCGCAGGCCGCCAGGCCCCCUCCAGCCGGGGCCGUGGAGCACCGGGGCAAAGGCCGGGGGCCCCCCAUGAAGGAGCGCGACGCGGCCCCGGCCGAGCGGGGCAAGCCGGCCACCUACACCGGGGACAAGAAGGCGAAGAUGGCGGCCAAGACCAACAAGAAGUGGGUCCGGCUCGCCACCGUGUUCGCCUACGUGCUCUCCGUGUCGCUGGCCGCCAUCGUGCUCGCCGUCUACUACAGCCUCAUCUGGCAGCCGGUGGGCGCCGGGACCUCGGGGGGAGCCGCCGGCCCGCCCCCCGGCGGCUCCAACGCCACCGGCCCGUCCGGGACUUCGGGGGCGGCGGCGGGGCCCAAUGCCACGGGGUCGUCCCGCCGCGAGGCACCGCGCGACGCGCCCCCGCUGCAGGCGGCGCGGCCCAUGCCUCCGGAGCCCUCUGCCGACAGUCCCCUGGCCGGGCCGCUGGAGCGGCCUCGGGGGCUGGAAGAGGACGAGGAGGAAGCGGCGGCGGCGCCGGGGAGUCGUUGAACCCCUGUGCGCCAGGGGCGGCCGGGAACCAGUCUCUCCUCCCCAAGCCCGGAGGCAGGACUUUGCAGCAGGACGGGGCGGGGAGCCCGCGGGAGUGACCCCCACGGGAGUGAACGCCCUCCCUUCCCCGCAACGAUCGCCAGCUCGCCCCGGGAGCGGGUGGCCUGCAGCCCGAUCUUCAGCCAAGGGACCACGAUUCACCGGGGGCUCGGGGUUUGGUCUUCCCAGGACCGUGCUGCGCCAGGGCCCUGAGCCAUAAAGGGAAUGGGGGGAGGGGUGGGGAGAUCCCUGCUCGGAACCCUUUUUCGCCGCUAGCUCUUGUGUAUCCUAUGUGCACGAGUGACUCGGGCUUUCCCCCAAGACUCAGGGGAAGGAGGGAGCUAUAGGGGCUCUUUAAUAAGCUGAAGCUCUCUCAAGGAGGGCACCAAAAGUAGUGGAGCUCAGGUACGUCAACCUAGUUGCAGUGGCCACAGAUGCAUUUAAUUUAUCGAUCCCUGUAUAUAGUUGUUGACAUAUGCACUAGAAGCUAUAAUUACACAGAACUGUAUGUAUCCUCCCACAACCCUGGGUAGCUACCCACUGAUGGGGUCAUGCAAGGGCUAUUUGCUGGCCCCCAAAGUGCAGCUAGCCAGAAGGGCACAAACACUGUUGUUUUUUUUUCAUCACCCUUUCUAUUCCCCUUACUUCAGAAAGAUAGGUUUAUGACCCAAAAGAGUAUAAUCAUCCUUAGACUUGAAAGGACAGUGGAAAACCUUAGAAGCCGUUUCGGGAGGGUGGAGAAUGAACUAAUCCCCUCCUCUUCCCACCCUAGUGCCCCCACGGAAGAGGCUUCCUGUUGCGGCCCUGACUAUCUGGAUAUGGGCCAGGGAAGAAGGAAGGGGGAAGAGCAAUGCCUCUGUGCUUCAGUCCUUGGCCUUCUCACAGAGUUCUUUUAGGAAGAGCAAGCUUUUGAGGACAUCUGGGAAUCUAGUCCCCUGUCCCCAUCCCUGCAUUCUGGACUAUUGAAUCCACUUUGAGAUGGAUCAAAGAGUCUAGAGAGACCACUCGUAGGUCCAGCUGCUGGCCUCCUGACUCUAAAGCCUUCACUGGAAUUGGGACAUUAGCUCCAGCUCUAGCUGUGAACAUGACCAGAGACAUUAUUUAUAAUUCAGCCAUUUAAGAUAUACCUGUCCUCAAAAAGUCCUGUAUAUUUUUUAAAAGUUUUAUUUUUCAGGUGAACAAAAAUACAUUCUAAGAACUCUA